UUAUGUACUGGGCACUCCACACCCACACGGCCCACUUCCCCGGGAGAGGCCUAGAAGCCAUCACGAGAAAUGGCAGUUAAUUUCAUCAUACCGCUUCCCUUCUUGCAUACAAAUACCCCAUCACUCCCACCUGGCUCUCCUGGAUCGUCGCAAGUUCUCAACGCUUCAUUCAGCACGCUUCCCAUCCUCGUCGUCCCGCAUUAUUCGACGCUCUUAGUCUUUGACCCGCCGCUGCGACACCGUCCCGGCACCCAGAACCACAACCACCAGCGUACGACGCGCACUCUCACCACCUCUUCGACCGCCACAAUGUGCAAGGUCGACUAUUACAUUGACGUCUACCCAGACGGCACCGAGAAGAGGAGGAGCCGCGUGGAGCCUUGCUCUACGUCUCGCUCUUAUACCUGCCAGGACGCCGAAACCUUCCACCACCCCAAGACCUACGUCGCCCUCCCCCCGAGCCCACGCCUCAGCCAUAGCGGCUCACCCAGGCUAGACGCCCCCAUCGUCUACCACUCCAACAGCGAGUCCGACCACUCGCGCCGCAGCGGUCGUCAUCGGGACAGCACCCUCUACUUCUCCUCCUCACCACACCGCAUCGAAGUGAGCCACUCCCGGUCCCCCGGCGGCUCCGGCUCGCGAUACCUCCACCCCCACGACAGCCAUGACCGCCACCACCGCCGCAGCCGGUACCGUCUCUCGACCACCGAACCCCAGCGACCCGGCGAACGCGUCGUCAUCGUCGAGAACCCGCCCACGCCACGGACCCCUCCUCAGAACAUCUCCAUGCCCUACACCGCCCCUUCGUCUCCACUGAACGGAUUUCUCUCCUCCACGCCCCCCGACGGCCGCCGCUCGUCCCGCCGUGGCCAGCCCGUCAUCGUAGACGAAAGGCCACGCGUCCGCUUCAACGAAGUACCGGAAGAAGGGCUCUCCUCCCGCCGCCGCCGCGUCCCCGAACCUGUUAUCACGACUACCGAAGAACGCCCGAGGAGGCGGCGCGAGGCCACCACUACCGCCGCCGCCGCCGCCGCCGUCGCCAAUAACACCACCACUGCAUCCGAGAGGGAAAGGGCAGAGAGGAUAGCCCGUCUCAACGACCGCAUCAACGCCCGCCCCGCCGUGCCCAUCCCCAUCCCCAUCCCCAGCGCGAACCCGACCCUGAGGCGGUCCACCACCGGCUUCGCCCCCGUGGUCGACGAGGGGGCGCACGAGCGCGAGCUGCGCGAGGCCCUUCGCCAGCUCGACCUCGGCGACCGCGUGCUCCGCCGCUCCGACACCGUGGCUGCCGGCCAGCCCUCCUCGUCAUCGCAGCAGAGGCGCGACUCGCGCCGUGACCUGUACGACCGCUAUGGGAGGCGGUACGUUGACGAGGGGCAGGAUGACGAAGAGGAGGCGCAGCGGCGCCGGCUCGCGGAGCGGAUGAUGCCGCGGCGGCGGGCUACUGUUGGGCCUGGCGCGAGGCGGAAUCGCGUCCUUUACGAUGAUGGCAUGUACAGGUGGGAGUGAUUUGCGCCCCCUGUCUCUACAUAUUGAUUCAUACGUUCCUGUACUCUAUGAGAGGUUUCUUUUGUCUAUUUGUCUGUCUGUUGAUCAGGGAUUGGAGCGUCUGUGGCCUUUUUUAGAACGCAUGUUUAUUGGUUCUGGCAUUGUUUAUGCUGCUAGCUGGGAAGCAUCACUUUUCUGAUCUCCCUCUGUAUACCCCUCUUCUCUUUUUUUCUUCUUCUCUUUAUCACUUCGCAUCAUCCACUAGAGGAUCAUUGUAUCUUGCUUCCAUUGACGAGCGUUCUGCAAUUACAAGGCGGGGCCCAUUGAAAACAUGAAGGCAUUUUGGGAAACGGGCAUAUCCGGGGUCCCGGCCGUCGGAGGCUCGAGAGAACAACACAACACAACACAAAAUCCGUUGAGCUGAAUAGAAUUUUACUUUGUUGGCUCAC